AUGGAUACUCAAUUCCACAGUUUUGAAUGGUAUGAUGCGAUAAGUAGGCAAGGUAGCAAAUUUUCAAGAACUAGCUUCAAUACGGCAAGGACUGACCACUCAAUAUAUUACGAAUGCGAAGAAUUUGAAGAUAAUAUUAAAAGUGAAUUAGACUCGUCUUGUAAUCAGAGUAAAAAUUAUUGCAGUUUUAAAAAAUCAGUCACCAUUAAGUUUCCUGAAGUUUUUCCGCGUUCUGAAACUAGAAGUACAAAUAAAUCAGAAGGUUACUGUAAGCUUUCGAAUAGAUGCAGUAAAGGUCAAUUAAAUGAAAGAAUCCGGUCAAAAACUGCGCCCCACAAAAAGUUCGUGUUUGAUUUUAUUGAUAAUAUCUCAUAUGAGAAUGUUUUCUUUAUUCAACCCUCAGGAAAUGAAUUUCCCAAUAAUACAAACUCUCUUUCAAAAAAUUCAAUUACAAAAACUGAGUUUACCCAAAAAGAAAAUGAGCGUACCAUAAGCUCUCGAAAUGUCUUUGAAAAUUUUUCUAAAGAUACUGAACCAUCGUCUGUUAGUACGGACUCUUUAAUAGAGAAAUACAUUUUUACUCAAGGUAAUCAAGACAUUUAUGAUAGCCUUGAAAAAGAACAAGAAAUUUGUCUUCAAAAAUCUUGCUCAGAAAACGCCCAAUCUUUGGAAUCUUUUGAAGUUGAUUUAAACGAAAAAAGACCUGUUUUAGAAAUUAGAUCAUUUUCUUAUAACACUAUAAAUCGAACAUUAUUUAAUAUAAAGGCUUUGUCAAUUAAAAGCGCAUCUAAAGUCACUGAAUCUAUUCCAAAUGUCGAAAAAAACAAAAAUUUCGAUAUUAAACAAUUACAUAUUGACCUCCCUAAUAUUUUUGUUGAAGGAGAAACAGAAAUUAGAAGAAAGUAUUGCCAGUCGGAUUGUAUUUUCUCAAAAUUUCUAAACUGUAAAAAUAUGUGUUGCCUUCUUGACUGA